AUGGCACAGCCUGUCGACGAACAUGAGAUGGCGAAAUCUUCGCUUCAUAAUUUUAGAUUAGGAAAGCGUUCUCAGGUCGUUUCCGUUGAUGGCAGUGAUGCUCAAGAGAAAAGUAGCGGAUUUCCCCGCGACAAAGAUUCCUUCCCCGAGGAUGUUGACCAGGACCUUCAUUCCAGUGUGAGAAGGAAGAUCUCAGCGAAACAAAGAAAGCGAGUUGACAGCGAAAGGAAUUUCCUGGCUCUCGUGGAAUCGGGGUCAUUGGUAGAGGUGAGGGAUGCAUUGCAUAGAGGAAGGACGUCCAGUAUCGGGCCCAUUGGCCGCGAGGCUUUUUUCGUGGUUUGCCGGAACGGCCGCGAGGAUUUAGUCAAUUUGUUGUUGAAUUUCGGCUGUGAUCUGAACGCUCGAAAUGAGUUCGGGGAGACACCUCUUCACGUUGCCGCUGCCGAAGGUCAGCGAGGAAUCGUCGAACUUCUGCUGAGAAAGCGUGCUAAUACUUCAAAUUGUGAUAAUACUAAAAUGACCCCAUUACACGUGUCAGUGGAACGCGGUCAUCAGUCGAUCGUGAAAAUGCUGCUUCAUGCCGGUUCCGGUGGGGAUUUGGAAGUUGUCAACGAACGCGGUUUGACUCCUUGGGACACGGCAAUUAAGUCAAAUGACCGAUCGAUGCUGAAGCUGCUGCAGGUUUGUUUGCUAAAGAAUUUUUUUGAUGCAUCAAGAUUG